AGCCGGAACCUUCAAAAGGCCCAGGCCGUAAAACUUGCGGCAGGAGUCCACGGCGUCGGAACGGGGGCUAAACCCUCUGGUGUCGGCAAUCAGAUCGUUCAGAACAUGCGAGACAGGCAGCAGAUGCAGUCGCAGGUCAGGUUCUCGGUUUCGAUGUCUAUGGAGACCUCAAAGAAUGAUAAUCGACGGGGGGAAACGGUCUUCCGCCAGGUCAAGGCGGUCAGCUUUGGGUACACUUGUCAAGAAACCAAUACAAUGGACAAUGUUCAACACGAAAUUAUUCAGCAAGCGCAGUCUUACCACCAGAAGUCAUUCAAGAAUGAGGGCGCCGUCAAGUUCUACAUGCAGCAUGUUACUUGGUACAUCGUUCCUACUGCUACCAGUACAAAGAUGGAGCGCAUCGCCCUCGAUUUAUUGACGGGAGAAAUCACGGCUAUUGAAUUUCUUCGGAGGUGUCACCUGAAUCGCUCAAUCACGGCGAAGCAAAAGGACGAGAAGAAGGCUGAUCUUCGUCUCACUGUUUCAGAGAGCGUCUUAUUUCCCACUUUAGAUCCCAACCUCUUACUUUCAGCCGCCAAAUCUGCGGCCCGAGUGUCUGAAACUUCUUGCCGACGUGACACAGCCGCUUUGACAGCGCAGACUUCCAGCUCCGAAGCUCAGGGAUCCUUUCCACCCCGCUCCAAUUCGCUGAAGAGUGGCAGCAGCAGUGGUCGCCGCCGUAGCGGAUACGUGACUCGACAGCAGACUGGUCCGGUUGUACCUCCGGCGCUGCUGCCUCCCCGAUUCAGUCGCGAGCCGUUGCUUGCUCUACAAAAAUUUCGCAUCUUCAUCCCAGAGGGCGAAAAUCGGAACAUGAGGUUUCGUUUGGGCGUGGACGUCCACGACAUGUACAUUGCUGACGAUUGGGAGACGGGUGUUGAGCUGCAAGCCCAGAAGCGGCCGUUUCAGAGUACGGGCUUUCUUGGUAGAGGGUCCACCAAGGUUGGCGUCUACGGACGCUUGGAGCGUCGGGAGUUUGCAAUCACUCAGAUGCUCGACAAAUCGUAUACACCUGAGCAGCAGCUAGCAAUCUUAGAAGAAGAAUUUCGUGUCCUGCACUUUGCGGAGUUUGCUCGUAAGGAGUUUGAGCGAUACGCAGAUGAGGAUGAGGUCAAUAUAGCUGCUUUCAAGUUCAAUGUCGAGGACUCAUUCAUCGGAGAGUUUGCCUUGGAUCCCGAUGACGAAUUGGUCAAUCAGCCGCUCCCUCAUAAGCAUUUUAUCGCUACCAGACUUCUCCCGUGCAGCGCUGCCGAUGAACCUGUUAAGAAGUUCACGGGGAAUGAUGACUGUGGACCCCCUCCUGGUCCGCGCGACCUUCUCACUGCAACAAUCCAUGCUUUUAGUCAUUUCUGUGUUGUCUACACACUUCAUGACGUGGCCGUUUGCGAUCUACAAGGUUCUGAUUACGGGUCAGGCCUUGAAUCUUAUUAUGCUUAUAUUCCACAUGUAGGGAUGCAUGAUGAAUCGGGCACUCCAGUACUUUUUGAUCCUCAAAUGCAUACGUCUCAGCCCGAAGCAUCUUACCGGAUCUUCUGGGAUAAAGGACCACGCACGGUCAAAUCCUUCCUCCAGCAUCAUCUGAGAUUCUGUGCAGAAAAUGUGGUGUGCUCGCAGAUGCGAAUCCAGGAGAUGGAAUUCGAGCCUGCCCUGCCUCAAGUGGAUCAGGGAUCAAAGAUACCGCCUUUGUCACCCAAGACGCCUCCGCCCGACCAGCGGCAUCACCCCCACCCCAAGUCAGCAUCACCGGUUCAGCGUAAGCGGAUGAGGCCAAUGGAUGUGGGGUCUUUACUUUUGUAGACAUACAUACUCGAGCUUCAAAAGUUGCGAAACAUGUACAUAGUGGAUCUUGCAACUACUAAGCCGGAGCGAACAGCAAGGGCAACAUCUGACCAAAUACUA